AAAUAAUAUGAGAUUUAUGCAAAGUGCCCAUAUAGUACAUAUAUAUAAUGUAUUUCGAAAAGGGUAUUAUUAGUCUUUCUGUGUAUUUCCCAGUCGGUUUGUUAAAUUAAUUAAAAUAAUCCAAGAAAAGACAAUCACUAUCCAAAAUGAAAUUUCUUAAUUAUAUAAUUUUUCUCAAAAUAUGGUUACUUUUAUUCCAUGUUAUUGUAUGUAUUGGCGGCUACGGAAAAACUUCCUACGAUCAAUUGGAUAGUGACUACAAGGAUGAAGUAGAACAAGAAAUAGUCAAAGCACCUUUGAGUUUCAUGCCAGUUUGCAAACCUCAACAAAUACAUACAUUUUCUCAAAAACAAAUUCGAUGUGCAUGCGGGAUCAAGUGUCAAUACCUAUGUCAAACAAAGACGACAAAAGAAAAAGAAGGUGAACAAAGAAAAACAUGCAGAAGAGUAUGUCGUCAAAAACCAUGUUACCGGCCAUCAGUACACAAAGUUUACCACUAUAGCUUAGCAGGUGGUCUUUGUCGAAUGUGGAAUGUUUGUACAUAUCAUGCGAAGUGUGAAGGCAAAACACGUAGAUGGGUACAAUAUCAUCUUUCUUCGUGUCAAAGAGCAAAUACACGACACAGAUACAAAUUAUGGUUUAAAGAUAUAUAGUUAUUAUAGAAAUAUAUACAUCUAUAUUUACCACUGACAACUUCCAUUCUCUCUUUUGUGUGGUCAAUAAAUAUAAUAAAUUUCUCUUAAAUGUU